AUGCCUGUCGCAGCUGAAAGGGUUGCUGACGCGGAAACCAGCGAGCCACCGCACGUCGUUGGUUGUGCCGAAGUCGCUCAAGGCCAUUGCCGGUUUGUUUCCUCGCUGAGGCUGCGCUUGUUGGUGAUUACUGACGAGCCUCCAGAAUCGCGUCUGUUUAGUGGAAAGCGCUCUCGCGGAAAGGCGAGCCGAGUGAAUGCGAAUGAUGUCUCCGAUGUCGGCUCGUUGCCUCUGACUCUGCCCACUCCCCUAGGGGACGAUGACGAUAGCAUCAAGAAGGGGACCACAGACCUAGAUAUCAUCUCCACCGGUGUGUCCGGCGAAUCAUCGACUUCUACCGUUAUUUGGCGGCGCGAUGAGCCGCAGGCGGUCCAGGCCCAGGAUGACGACGGUUCGGCGGAUACGAGGAAUGUUCAAGAUACCAGGUCCAAGGCAUCUGUCGACAACAUAUCGGGGGCUUCUACUCCGGAUGUCUUGGAGGCGCGGCGAGUGCAGAUUCCUUCAUCGCAACGCGCCAUCAGCUGCAGCACCAAGUCUGCCCUUCGUCACGGCGGGGAUCCUCCUCGGUCUCCGUUCCCAGACGAGGCUCUUCAGGGGCCGGCCCCAAAGCUGGUUCGCUUUGCAGGUGAUCUCGAGACGAAGAUCCCUGUGCGGUCGAGCGACGAUGAUUUUCAUUCCGACAUGGCCGAUGCAGGGGACGAUGCGGGCGAUGCGGAGAAAAACGAGGAUGCCGACGACAACGAUUGGCAAGUCAGCAUUUCGGGGAGCUCGCGAUUGGAGGAGCCUGCAUUCUGGCGGAUGACUGAGUCAACGCUGGCAGCAUACACCAGCAUGCGCGGCAUCCAGCAUGACAAUGAUGUUGACACGAAAGAGUGGCAGAACCGGUUCGCGGAAGUCGCUCGUGGGCUCCAACGCCUCGAGGCCCAAAGUUCUCCCGAGGCCAGGGCGCGGAUCGGAGUGCUGAAGGAGAGGCUGGUGCGGAUUCCACGUCCCAGCUACGAGCAUCUCGAUGACGUGAGCCACGACGACAAGGGAGGGUCCGGUCGCCGCCUCCCCGUCUCUGUCGUCGAGACCAUGAUGAACAACGCUCGCCGACAGGGACAAGGCAACGCGGACGAUGGACGCAACCUGCACCUGUACGACAUCUCAGAUGACGAGGGCGACUCCCGCGAUGGCCGCAUUUCGCCUUGCACGUUUCGCCUCUGGGCCGACGGCGUGGCCGCUGCGAAUGCGAAGAAAGAAGCACGGUCGGAGCCGGACCAAACAUGGGCAGCAAUCUCGACGAUGACUCGUCUUGGUCAGAAGGGAGGUAGCCGUCGGAAUGUCCCGAAACCAUGUCGGCUUGAUGAUGAGACCUCUAGGUCCAGCAUCCCUGGUGCCGACGAAGCACUCUUUCGCCCGCAGGGCGUUUCUCCCAAACCCGACACAACUGUUGAGGUUUCCCUCUGGCAGGAGCGCAUGGAGGAGGAGGCCGGUCGUCUGGGGAGCGUCACUGGUCUGGGGGAGGUUGCCGUGGCAGGAGAGGCCUUGGCCGUGGCUGAUGAUGCAAGAUCCCACACGGACGCGGCUCGCUGGAUGCUGACCAGCUCGUGGCAGGAAAUCGUCCAUGAGGCCAUCCGCAAGACCGAUAGGCCAACACUCUUGGACGGUGUGGCCGUGGACCAGCUCGAGGGGGAGUUUCGUCUUUGCUGCCGACGACUUGAGGACGCCUGGGCCUCGGCCGAGAGCUCGCUCAAGGGCAAGAAUAUGCUGACGGAGAAGAUUCGUCUUCGCCGGACGCGGGUGCAGCAUGCUGCACGGGUUGUGGGCACCCUCCAAUGCCGCGCCCGGGAGAAGCAGCACGAGCAGCACGAGCAGCGGCGGCGCCGGCGACACGAAGCCCAAGGAGGCGGCAGCGGCGGCCACGAGGAGGAAGAUGCCGUCGCGGCACAGAAAGGCCGUCAUCACAUCGAACAGUAUCUGCGGGUCAUGUCAGCGCAAGCAGCCGAGGUUGAGGCGCUCACUACCCGGCUAUGGACCGAGAUUGGUGCGUUGGUCCAGGCCGACGAGGGCAUGGACGACACGGUUCGUCAGAUGGGACGGGCCAUCGGCAUCGUCGGCCUGGAGCCCGAGGAGAUGGUGGACAAGAUCAUGGCCAUGGGAGACGAGGAUGCGUGA